GAUGCAUGCCAAUUCUAUCCUAACAAGCCUAAUGAUGUUUGGGGAACCAACGAAUCCAUAAUUUCGCCGAAAUUUUUCAAACUCUCUCCAGCCAAGCAAGUAGGUAAAUCUCUUGGCCCUGGCGAGUCCGGGCCACGUUCAUGUUCAACAGAGAGCCGCAUGCGUGGCACCGGUAUCGCCGUGGAGAAUGUGGAGGCCAAUGAGAUCACACAUUUCCGUAGAGGCCAAUCCGAAGACAAGAUUUUGGAUCUACUCAAGCUUAUUGAAAUUCGUUCAUUUGAAAUUUAAAUGCCAUGUUUGUGUUGAUGAUGGGAGUAAAAGUGGAAUCAGACUUUUCGCCAAGCGGCUAAAGUAACGCGGGGCACCACGGGGUGCGGGGGAAAUUCGCGGAAAUGUAAGACUUGGCCAAUAGCACAGCCCCAAAUAUGGAUAGAGUUUUUCUAUCACAAGUAUGUUCGAUGGACUCAUGGUUGGUACUCCAGACAAGGGGUGUAUUGACGCGAAUUCCUUGGUGUUUGCCGUGCGGCGAGUCCUUCUAGACUCUAGAGACAUUCAUAACCCACUCUUGGGCUAGUCGCCCAAUCACGACAACGUGUAUUGGGAAAACCCCCUUUCGCGUGUUCAUUUCGCUCUAAGGAUAAGGGCAUGUCUUGGAUGUGUAACUGAAAUUGGUGUAGUCAGAUAAUAGCACACGCUAUGGAUGUAGGGAUGCUUCCUGGAAACUCUUGAUCAGCUAGUGCGGGCAUGAAGUGUGGGUGUAUGUGAACAGGAGGGCCAAGGACCAUUUCACCGAAAAUUUCAAUGUUGGGGAUAUUGUGGACAUUGGGGAUAUCUCCAAAUGGUGAUAAAUAGGAAACAGAAUAUCCUCUUUUUUGGAGGACCAGACAGUUCGACAAGUCUCAUCUGACUGAUACUUCCUGCUUUCUUCUCUUUCAUCAUCCAAUCUAUCUUUCUGUAUCAAAUUCAAAUACAAUUACUUUUAUCGAUUCUCCAACCCUAUCAUCAAACUAGCGCGCGACGUCAUCAUGUUUGGAAAGAAAACAGAACCCGAAGUUCAAGAUGUCUUGGAACAGCGUCGUCCUUCCAAUGCCGAAGCAAUGGACAACCGAUCGGUUGGUAAUACCGGCUUGACUGGCGCUGCAUCCUUAACUGUCAGACAAUCUAUUUACCCCAUCACCCUUGUCACCAUCCUGUUUUUUCUCUGGGGUUUCGCCUACGGAUUACUCGAUGUCUUGAACGCCAAGUUCCAGACCGCGCUCAACAUUACUGCUGCCAAGGCCGGCGGAUUGCAAGGUGCAUACUUCGGUGCUUACUUCAUCGGUCCCCUCACAUAUUCGGGAUGGAUAGUGCGAAGAUUCGGAUACAGAUGGACAUUCAUUGUCGGUCUCUGCAUCUACGGUGUAGGAGCCCUGAUGUUCUGGCCUUCCGCAGUCUACAGAUCCUUCCCCGGUUUCUGCGGAAGUUUGUUCAUUGUCGGUUCCGGACUCAGCACGCUCGAAACCUCUGCAAAUCCAUUCAUCGCCACCUGCGGACCUCCUCGUCUUUCCGAGUUCCGCCUGGAACUCUCCCAAGCGUUCCAGGCUGUCGGUUCAGUUGUCGCCCCUCUCUUGGCUUCCAGAGUCUUUUUCAAAGAAGGCGAAGGUGAAGAUUUAUCUAAAGUUCAAUGGACUUAUCUCGGUAUUGCCGCUUUCGUCUUCCUCCUCGCUGUUGUAUUCUUCUUCAGCAAACUCCCAGAAAUCACAGAUGCGGAUAUGGCACUCCAAAGCGAACAAUCCGCCGGUCUCACUGGAUUCGAAGAGAAACCCAUGCGCAGACAAUACAAGCUAUUCUUCGGCGUUGCAGCUCAAUUCUGUUAUGUCGGUGCUCAAGUAGGUGUUGCAGCCAACUUCAUCAAGUAUGCCGAGGAGAGUGCUUCACUUUCUUCCGCAGCUGCCACCGAUAGAUUUGCUAUUGCUCAAGGUCUUUUUGCAAUUGGUAGAUUUGCGGCCGCUGGUAUGAUGAUGCUUGUCAAGCCCCGUUACGUACUCAUGAUAUUCAUGACUGCAAUUAUGAUUUUCAUCUCUAUUGCUAUUGGUGUUAAGGGCGAAGCCGGUGUUGCUAUGUUAUCUAUUGUUCUCUUCUUCGAAUCCUGUAUCUUCCCCACAAUUUUCACCCUCGCUAUUCGUGGUCUUGGUCGCCACACCAAGAGAGGUUCUUCGUGGAUUGUGGCCGCCGUCUCAGGUGGUGCUCUCUUCCCGGCUCUCACUGGUCUUCUUGCCGAUAAGAAGGGCUAUCACAUUGCCAUGAUCGUUCCACUGAUCGGUUUCUUCGUCGCUUUUGCAUUCCCCAUCUACCUCAACACUGUAUGCGCAAAGGAACUCGAUGGAUUCAGUGCUACCAAGAUCGGAUACGAAGGAGCUGAUUUGUCUGCUGAAAAGAGGGAGGACAGUAUGAUUUGGGAGGAGAAGGGUACAACCGGUGCCGACGCUCAUCAUUUGGAACUAGAGGAAUCCGAGAGCAGGAGGAGACAUAAUGCUUUGUAGAUGGAAUGAGAAAUGAAUAAUAGAAUUUUGGGAUUAUCGCUGGAUAUUACUAGAAAUAGAGGAUAGAAAUAUUAGAACGGCUCGAGUAUUAUGAAUCACAAUUAGAGAACUUUACUUUUGUACA